ACCGCUAAACACUUCAAAAUUAUCCUAUUCUUUACCCCAUACAUACAAAUCCUCCUGAUAUUUGUGUGAUCCUUGAACAAGUGUCACUCUAUUGCUCUUCCAUUUCCAACUCAAGCCUCACUCGAACGACGAUCUCCCAGUAUCAAUCAUCUCUCCUUUCCAUCCCCAACAUUUUUCUUCGAACACUCUGAAAAUGGACCUCAAGCCAACCGAAAUCACCUGCUCCAAGAUGUUCGGAGGAUACAACCGGAGAUACCGCCAUUACAGCCCAACUCUUGGCUGCUCCAUGACCUUCUACAUUUACUUCCCUCCAUCUCCUCUCCCGUCCCAUAAAUUUCCAGUACUGUACUGGCUCUCUGGUCUUACGUGUUCGGAUGAGAAUUUUAUAAUCAAAGCAGGAGCACAACGCACUGCUUCCAGUGAAGGUGUUGCUUUAAUUGCACCUGAUACAUCUCCAAGAGGCCUGAAUGUCGAAGGAGAGUCAGACAGUUGGGAUUUUGGUGUCGGUGCUGGAUUUUAUCUCAAUGCUACACAAGAGAAAUGGAAAAAUUGGCGUAUGUAUGAUUAUGUUGUCAAGGAACUACCUAAACUUCUGAGUGAGAACUUUCAGCAGCUUGAUACAUCGCGAGCAUCUAUAUUUGGUCACUCUAUGGGCGGGCAUGGUGCUCUAACGAUCUACCUGAAAAACUUGGACAAAUAUAAGUCAGUGUCUGCCUUUUCACCCAUUGCCAAUCCUGUAAACUGUCCCUGGGGCCAGAAGGCAUUCACAAAUUAUCUGGGUAGCAACAAAGCUGACUGGGAGGAAUACGAUGCUACUCAUCUAAUUUCAAAGUUUCACGAUCUAUCAGCUACAAUUUUAAUCGAUCAGGGAGAAGAUGAUGAAUUCUUACAUGGACAGUUGCUGCCGCACAAGUUUGAAGAGGCAUGCAGAGCUGUGAAUGCUCCUCUCCUCUUGAGGCUGCAACCAGGUUACAAUCACUCUUACUUUUUCAUUGCUUCCUUCAUGGAUGAUCACAUCCGGCACCACUCUCAAGCUCUUAGGCUUCCUUAAGACCUUGUGCUGCUUAUGAUCUGCUGUCUCUUAUCUAAUUUCUAUUCUGUGAGAAGUUAAGAAAGGCAUGGUGACUUUAUAAUUUUGGUGAAUAUGAUGAUGCUAUUUUCAGUAUGUGUACUGGGGAUAUCUGGUAAUGUGAAUGUGAAUGUGAAAACUUGUCCUUUGGUUGGUGAA